AGCGGUAGAAAAUGGAUGGAUGAAUGGACUGCAGACACGCGGAAAAAGGCCAACCUCACUGGCAGUUAUUUUGUCGCUUACCUUUUACACAGUGCAAUACGGUAACAAAAUGGCCGCUUGCUUCGAGAGCUGCGUGUGAGGCUUGUGUCUGGUCCGCAUCACUGAACUAAUCCACAAUGAUAACUCCAAUGUUUGACCUGAGCCAGGAUGCAGAGUACCUGAUCCUCUCCAUCCGGGUUCCCUACACCAGAACAUCAGAGUUUGACCUCUUUAUAGACGGAACAGAUGUCAAAUUCUAUGCCAAACCUUACUUUCUGAGGUUAACACUUCCGGGAAGAGUAGUCGAAGAUGGAAGAGAAAAGGCCACAUUUGACAUUGAUAAAGGUCUCUUUACUGUGCAGAUCCCCAAAGAAACAUCUGGAGAACACUUUGAAGGCCUCCAGAUGUUGACGAGUCUCCUCGCUCCCAAAGGUUCCCGCUCAGCAAAGCCUCUUUUAGAGGACAUCAGUCCAGAUUGCGGUGAAAGUGCGGGCACUAAUGAAGGGGAAGAUGAAGAAGACUUUGACUGGCAGGUUGAGCAGGAGGUUUACAAAGAGAGAUCUGAAGAGGAGCUAAGAAGCAUGCAGAAAUAUGGCUUUGGCAAUCAGAGGUCUGGAGUGUUUGCUAGGUUACAGGAAGAACUCAGCGAUGUGAUCGAUGUCAAGGACCCAGAUGGAACCACAUUAGCCAAGAGGAGGCAAGAGCGUCUCAAUGCAGAGGCCUCUGCCUUCUCUCCCGAUCACUACCUAGCAGAUCUUUUUGAAGAUGAUGAGAUAAAGAGACUGCUGAAAUUCAAACCAUGGUGGACAAAAUGUCGUCCUUCACCUGAGCAUGAAGGAGAGGCUGCCAUAUUGUUCAGUGACGAUGAGAAAGAGCAGAUGAGAAAAUUCACCAACCGAUCCUACCUGCUCGACAAGACUUCACGUUACCAAGUGUGGCUUAGCCUAGUGGACAUCCUAUUGGCUUACGCCUAUGAAGUGCGCUCCACAGAGGGAGACUACAACGUGGAGUCCCCGUGGGCUAUCAGAAAACUCAGCGGCACGCUAUGUUGGCUGGAGACGUACAGCUCCUUACAAGAAGUCCUGGUGUCAUUUGGAAGAAGGGUUUUAUGCUAUCCACUCUACCGGCACUUCGACAUGGUGGCGGCUGCCAUUUAUGACAUAGCUGGAAUACUACAGUCAGGGAAAGCCUGCGUCCUCAAAUGCCUGCUUGAUAUUCACAAAGUCUUCAGAAAGAACGACCCAUCUUACAUACUUAACGAUCUGUAUAUUACAGACUACUGCAUCUGGAUCCAGAGGAUCAAGUCUAAAAAGUUGUCAGCCCUGGCAGCAACGCUACAAAAAGCCUCCCUCCAGAAAAAAGACUUGGAGCUGGAGCUUGAGGAGCUGGAAGAGGCAGCCUCAAUGGUUGCCGAGGAGGAAGGAAGCUCCAAGAGUGCUUCAGGGAGCGUUUGCAGUGACAGCAACUCCUCCCAAGAAGACGAGGAGUGCGCGACCCCGGGCGGAGGGGGAGGAGAGUCAUCCAAGGACAGCCCUCUGCACCCCUCCUCCCUCGUCUGCGCCAUCCCACAGCAGAGCGUCACGCUCCCAUCAGCGGACGGCAACGUCGACGCUUUCCCACCCGCCUCAGAAGGCACCAGACCACUCAUCCAAGAGCUCGGGGAGCUGAGAAUCACUCAAGACGCACGCAGCAGUCCUGAAGAGGAGAGGAAGCUUUCACAGGCGAAGACGAGCGCAGCAGCAGAAGGGACUUUAUUAGAGCCGAGUCAGCAGAAUAACGCUCUGCUCAUCAUUAAAACACAGGAAGAUUCAUCCCCUGAUGGGCUUUUUAAAAUGUAACCUGGAUGUAAACCCUCAAAUAUUUCAUCUUGUGCUUGUAAGUACUUUAUUCAUAUUUCAUACAUCAUU